UGCGGUGGGUGGUGACAGGGAGGGACUGCUAUCCGUAUCGAACAGUUACACGCCAGAUAAUCCCAAAAUAAUCGGCAGACCGCGCUCACCGUUUCCGAGCUGUUUAGCCGCUGAUAAGAGUCGACGCCGCGACAUGGCCGAGACGGACCCCAAGUCGGUGCAGGACCUCACCAACGUGGUCCAGACACUGCUGCAGCAGAUGCAGGACAAGUUCCAGACCAUGUCAGACCAGAUCAUCGGGAGGAUCGAUGAGAUGAGCACGCGCAUCGAUGACUUGGAGAAGAACAUCGCCGACCUGAUGACCCAGGCUGGUGUCGAAGAGAUAGAGGCUGCACCGGAAAAGGCUAAAGAGGGUCCAGGCUCAUAGUGAAGAUUCCCAAGCAUCUCGGAGUGACGUUGAUCCCACAUUCAGGAGCAGCAAACGACUUUUGAUUUAGUGUUGUGUGAAAUGCUUUUUUUAUAUAUUGGAUAUUGUGAUAACACGGUUAGUCGUGUAAUGACUUGACAAGUUGAUCGUCAUUUGUAAGUUAGAAUAGUGUGGAAUGCAGCGACCCAGAGCUCAUCUCUCUGCCCUCAUACACUUAAUUAGCGGGGGGGCUGAUGGGGACGGUUUAGGACCUGUGCCGAGGUUCUACCAGGCCAGAGGAACCUCCAGCCCAACCAACUUGGCGCAGUGAGCAUCUGAAGCUUGUUUCAGCACUUGCUACCAAGCUGUGGGAUGCGUCCAAAGUUCCACAGAUUCUCUUCUAUUAAAGCUAUUUAAUACAAUGCUUUCCGUCUUGUAUCACACAAGUAUUUGGCCAGGUGGGUUUAAGGAUAGACAACUCCUAGGUGCUAAUUGUUUUUCUAAGCCAAAGUUGAAUUUGAUCUUGCAAACUAUCUGAAAUGUUUCAGUGUUGCAUGUUGGUAGUCUAGAUUGUUUUAGAUGUAUUGAAAUGAAAUUUGCUGUUGUGAAUAAUAUGUUAACCAUUUAAUGUCAACUGAAUUAGAGGUAGAAUGGCUUCCCAAAAGAGUCACAUGACUGCAAACAAAAUUCACAGAGCAAAUGACCAACAGAAUUAAGUGCCAAAAGCCUUAAACAUACUUUAGCAGUAAACAAAGCAUGUUAUACAAUGUAAGGAAGGUGGAACAUUUAGUGAACAUUUUAUGAAUGCAAUAUUAAAGUUUUGUAUGUAUUAA